GCACAUACAAUUUCUGGAAGGAUGACAAUGGCGGGUCACGUGGCACUCAUAUCGUUCUCUUCUUCCUUACCUUCUCUGCCUGGUCUUCCUCGUCUGUCCUCCACAAAGCACCGACCUUUAAUCAUGGCGGCAAUGAGUGAUGAUCCAGUUCGUAAAUGGAUUCUCACGGACGGAAAUGCAACAGAGAUCAUAAGAAUUAGUCCUAUAGGCGGAGGUUGCAUCAAUCGUGCUAGUCGUUAUGACACUGAUGCUGGUUCUUUCUUUGUUAAAACAAACAGGAGCAUUGGACCAUCUAUGUUUGAGGGAGAGGCUCUUGGCUUAGGUGCCAUGUUUAAUACCGGAUCAAUUCGUGUCCCUAAGCCAUUCAAGGUUGGCCCUCUACCUACCGGUGGUUCUUACAUCAUUAUGGAGUUUAUUGACUUUGGUUUAUCCAGAGGUAAUCAGUCUGAUCUAGGCAGGAAGCUUGCUGAGAUGCAUAAGACUGGAAAAUCUGAAAAAGGUUUUGGUUUUGAAGUUGACAAUACCAUAGGCAGCACUCCGCAGAUAAACACUUGGUCAUCAGAUUGGAUUCAGUUUUAUGGGGAGCAUAGACUGGGUUAUCAGUUGCAGCUGGCUAGGGACCGGUAUGGUGACAGUACCAUAUAUGAAAAAGGACAAAGAUUAGUGAAGAGUAUGGGACCUCUCUUUGAUAAUGUAGUGAUUGAGCCAUGCCUGUUACAUGGGGACUUAUGGAGUGGAAAUAUCAGCUCUGACAAGAAAGGCGAGCCAGUUAUACUUGACCCGGCAUGUUACUAUGGACAUAAUGAGGCGGAAUUUGGAAUGUCAUGGUGUGCUGGCUUUGGCGGAUCUUUCUACAGUUCCUAUUUUGAGGUGAUGCCCAAGCAACCAGGGUUUGAGCAAAGGAAAGAUCUAUACAUGUUGUAUCAUUACUUGAAUCAUUAUAACCUCUUUGGUUCUGGUUACCGUUCCUCUGCCAUGUCCAUAAUAGACGACUAUCUUCGGAUGUUAAAAGCUUAGGCAUUGUUUGUAAAUCCAUUUUCAGUCCUCAUU